AUGUCCUCAUUUGAGAAUGUCCUUUAUAUCCAAGCUGGACUUGGACUCCUACCAAAUAUGUUUCUCCUUUUUUUCUAUACUUUCAUAAUCCUAGGUCACAGAUCUAAGCCCAUGGACCUGAUCUCCUGUCAACUGACCUUCAUUCACAUAAUGAUGAUCCUCAGUGAAGGAGAUAACUUGCUUGCAAACAUAUUAGAGUCACUAAAAUUUGGGAAUGGCAUUAAAUGUAAGACAACUUUUUACAUAAACAGAGUGAUGAGAGGCCUCUCUAUCUGCAUCACCUGCCUCUUGAGUGUAUCCCAGGCUAUCACAAUCAGUCCCAGUACCUCUUUGUUGGCAAAAUUUAAGAGUAAAGUAAAAAAACACAUCAUCUAUGCUUUUUUCUAUCUCUGGUCUUUCAAUUUGUCAUUCAGUAGUAGGUGGAUCUUCUAUGUUGCUGGUUUUACCAAUGUGAGUGAAAACCGCCAGAUGAAGGUCACUAAAUCCUGCUCACUCUUUCCCAUGAACUACAUCAUCAGGGGAUUAUUUUUAACAGUGACAAUGUCCAGAGAUAUAUGUCUUGUAGGAGUCAUGCUGAUCACAAGUACAUACAUGGUGAUUAUCUUGUGCAGACAUCAGAGGCAAUGCAAGCAUCUUCAUAGCAUCAGCUACCUGAGAGCAUCCCCUGAGAAAAGGGCCACCCAAAACAUCUUGCUGCUAGUAGUUUUCUUUGUGGUCAUGUACUGGGUGGACUUCAUCAUCUCAUUCACCUCAACCCUGUUUUGGAUGUAUGACCCAGUCAUCCUGACUGUUCAGCAGUUUGUGAUGUAUGCCUAUCCCACAAUUGCUCCUUUGGUGCAGAUCAGUUCUGAUAAGAGAAUAAUUCAUAUACUUAUCCAUAUACUAAAAAAAUUCACUCCAAGUGCCAGUAGAUUUUCUAAAAAAUGA